UGCAGAAAAAACACUAUUGAAAAACUCAGCAUUUUGCAAACCGAACCAACUGUCAUUAAAGAACUCGAGUCCUCGUGUUUUUCCCACUUUGCUUCAGGUUCAGCUGCUUCUUGUUCAUGGGGGUUUCAGGGUUUAUCAAGGGCUUUAACCUCCUCCAUAGAACCAAACCCAGAAUCAGAUUACACCCUUAUGGUUAUAUUCAAAGGAGAGACUUCUCAGACACCAAAAUUCUCAACAGCAAUGACUCUCUUCUUCCUGUUCUGAUCGUUGGUGCAGGGCCUGUUGGCCUCGUUCUCUCUGUCCUUCUCACCAAAUUUGGGAUAAAAUGCACGGUUUUGGAGAAAAACAAGGGGUUUUCAAAGCACCCACAAGCUCAUUUUAUCAAUAAUCGAACUAUGGAGGUGUUUCGGAAAUUGGAUGGAUUAGCAGAGGAGAUUCAAAGGUCACAACCACCUGUAGAUUUAUGGAGAAAAUUCAUAUAUUGUACUUCACUAACUGGCUCUAUCCUAGGUUCAGUGGACCAUAUGCAUCCUCAAGAUUUUGAAAAAAUUGUUAGUCCAAUCUCUGUUGCACACUUCUCGCAAUACAAGUUAACUAGGUUACUUGUUAAACUGUUGGAGAAUCUUGGUUUCGGUAUUCACACGUUAGAAGGUCCUGACAGCCUUGAUCAUGAGCCACUCAGGGGAGGGGAAAUCUUGAUGGGGUAUGAGUGUGUCUCCUUUGACACAACUGAUGAAUGUGUUACUGCAACUGUUUCCUUUUCCAAGGAAGGUAAGUUGUUGACAAGAAAAAUUCAAUCUAAAAUUCUUAUUGGCGCUGAUGGUGCUGGAAGUAUGGUACGGAAGCUCGUUGGAAUAGAUUUGAAAGGCGAAAAAGACUUGCAAAAGCUUGUGAGUGUUCAUUUCUGGAGCAAAGACCUUGGAAGAUACCUGCUUAAUGAGAGGCCUGGGAUGCUAUUCUUCAUUUUCAACACCGAAGUUAUUGGGGUUCUUGUUGCUCAUGAUCUUACUCAAGGGGAAUUUGUAUUACAGAUCCCGUUCUAUCCUCCUCAACAGAACCUGGAAGAUUUCAGCCCAGAGAUAUGCAAGAAGUUAAUACUCAAAUUGGUUGGUCAAGAGCUUUCAGAUAUAGAUGUGAUUGACAUUAAGCCAUGGGUGAUGCAUGCUGAAGUUGCUGACAGAUUUGUUUGUGGCAAUAAUCAAAUAAUGCUCUGUGGAGAUGCUGCCCACCGUUUCCCUCCUGCUGGUGGUUUUGGGAUGAAUACAGGAAUCCAGGAUGCUCAUAACCUGGCUUGGAAAAUUGCUUCUCUACUGAACGGUGUUGCACCAACUUCCAUACUUGCCACAUAUGAAACAGAACGUAAGCCGAUUGCUGUUUUCAAUACAGCUCUUAGUGUUCAGAACUUCAGAGCAGCAAUGGCAGUUCCUGCAACUCUUGGUCUUGAUCCAACUGUUGCAAAUUCCGUUCAUCAAGUUAUUAAUAAGGGGUUUGGUUAUAUUUUACCAUCUGACAUGCAGAAGGCCAUUUUGGAUGGAAUUUUCUCAAUUGGCCGUUCACAACUUUCAGAGUUUAUUUUAAAUGAAAAUAACCCACUUGGGUCAUCAAGGCUUGCUAAACUAAGGCAUAUUUUUGAAGAAGGAAAGAGCCUUCAACUCCAAUUUCCUGCUGAGGAUCUUGGAUUUAGAUACCUUGAAGGAGCACUUGUUCCAGAUGGUGACGAUGUUGUGCCUGCUCCAGAGUUGCCAACUGGUCGUAGAAGGGAUUAUGUUCCCUGUGCAGAUCCAGGGUCAAGGCUACCCCAUAUGAAUGUUAAGGUUUUAUCAAAUUUUCCAAGUGAGGAAACCAUUUCUACACUAGAUCUUGUAUCUGAAAACAAAGUCGAGUUCCUUCUUAUUAUAGCACCAAUGGAGGAGUCUUAUAAUCUUGCUCAAGCUGCCUUUAAGGUUGCCGAGGAAUAUAAAGUUUCGACCAAGGUAUGCGUACUAUGGCCAGCUGAUACUGUUACCAGAGUUCAGCCUGGGAGCAAAGCAAAAUUAGCACCUUGGAAGAAUUACAUAGAUGUUAUAGAGGUCAAAAGGUCAUUGGAUUCAUCGUCAUGGUGGAGUACUUGUCACAUGACGGAGCAAGGGGCCAUUCUAGUCAGGCCAGACGAGCACAUUGCUUGGCGUUCAAAGUCAAGAGCUGUUGGGGAUCUUUAUUCAAAGAUGAAAAUAGUUUUUUCUACUGUUUUAGGUUUCGAGUCAAUGAACAGUUGAAGACUCCAAGACUUGGAAUACCGGUCAGUUGUAUUGCUUCAUGAAAAUAAAAUACCUCAGCUAGAAUAUUCUUUAUUAUUUAUAGGGUUUAGAGCUUAUUUUGCUUGUGGCAACUCUAAUGUAAUAGUGCUGCAAUGGAUCUACCCUUUGCUUCA